GCGGAAUAAAAGUAAUGUUUGUGUUGUUCACGUUGAUGGUCGGUCAGUUCAGCAGUGACAUGAAAGUCAGCUGCCAGACAAGGCGGGAGUUGCUUCGGGUAUCAGUGUGGCAGCUUUUCCCCGACAUGAGAGGCGAUGGAAGUUAUCAGAUACUGCGAUUCUUCCAGUGGCCACCUCCCCAACUCCCCGCCGCCACAGGUGUGAUACGAGUAGUAAUCUUAUCACUCUUGUCUUAACUCACCUGUGGACUGUUGGCGGUGGCGUGAGCACGUAGUACCUCUGGCGGCAUCAUCUGGCGGCGCUGGUGACGCGGAGAAACAUAGGUGUUGAAGUUGCUUCUCAUCUGCCCCUGCUGCCCCUCUCAUCGCAUCAUAAUCUCUCAAUACUAAUUCCUUUGGCUCUUCUUUAAAGCGUCUAUCCUCGUGAGUGAGCCACAUGAAGCACACGUCGGCAUCACCACCCUUGGCUUGACACGCUCCCACAACAACAAGGAGCAAGGAGGCGUGUGACCAGCGUUGUGGCAGCAACACAGAGGCAGGCAACCUGAAGGAAGGCCAGCAACACAGAGGCAGGCAGCCAAAAGUAAGGCCAGCAACACAGAGGCAGGCAGCCUGAAGGAAGGCCAGCAACACAGAGGCAGGCAGCCUGAAGGAAGGCCAGCAACACAGAGGCAGGCAGCCUGAAGGAAGGCCAGCAACACAGAGGCAGGCAGCCUGAAGGAAGGCCAGCAACACAGAGGCAGGCAGCCUGAAGGAAGGCCAGCAACACAGAGGCAGGCAGCCUGAAGGAAGGCCAGCAACACAGAGGCAGGCAGCCUGAAGGAAGGCCAGCAACACAGAAGGCAGUUUGAGCCAUGGAUGACAACGUGGAGGAGUGUCCAGUGUGCCUCACCACCUUUGACGACACCCUCAGGCGGCCACGCAACCUGCCCUGUGGCCAUACAGUGUGCUCGCCGUGCAUUGACGGACUGAAGCAGCAGGGUGCCGUCACGUGCCCCACCUGCCGGGUGAGUCACGCCGUGCCCGAGGCGGGCCAGUUCCCCAUCUCCUAUAUUACGGAGGGCCUUAUCAGGAGACUGAGAAGACUGGCCUCUCUGCCAGCCGAGCCAGGGAAGCAGGCAGCCCCACCAGUGACACGGCCUGCACCAAAGGCGACAACGGGACUCAGCAGGAAGGCACAGUCCCUGCUGCAGGAGCAAGAGGUGAAGGUCCUGGCUGCCAUCCGCUCCUGCCAGGAGGAGCAGAGCCAGCUGGCCGAGUACCUGACAACCCUCGGUGGCUGGAGCAGUCGCCAGCAGCGGCUGCAAGACGAGCUGCAGACGCUGGUGGACCAGAGCAAGAGUGCCCGGGAAGCGGUGCACCGCGAGGAGUCCCGGGUAGAGGGCAGGCAGGAGGAGGUGCGGCAGAAGGAGCAGCAACUGCACGCCGCGCUACAGUCGCUGCGCACGGCCGCAACACGGCAGGAAGCUUACGAGGUCAUUGAGGACACAGACCUUCUGGUGGAGAAGGACAGUCAGACAGAGGGGUGUCUGGGAGUGUUUCCCGACGUCCACGCCGUCACCACCGUCACCAAGGUGGCACAGGCAUCGCGCGCAGCCCUGCAGGCUGCCAUCGCUGCCGCUGCUGCCACACAGGCAGCCCUGGAGGCAGUGGGCACUGCUGCUGCAGCCUCGGGGGACUCCAGCCUCCCAGCAGCCUUGGCCGAGGCCUCCUCCAUCGCGGAUAGGCUGCAGGCCCUACUGGCGCCGCCCCUGACGGUGAGUGUGGCAUGCCCCAAGUGUCACUGCUGCCCGGCGCUGCUCUAGCUGUGCGGCUCACGG